AUGCUUGCUGCGCCCAUCACACUAAAGGGACAAGGCUUGGACAAGGAAGAUGGUACCGGCAAAAUUGGGCCAAUCGACUGGAGAGGAUUCACUAAAAUCCCCAAGACGGGAGCUAUUGCCAGUGCCCACUGGAAAUAUCUGUUCGAGACGGCAAAGUGCGCGUGGAGCAGGAUAACACUCGAUAUGGAGGCACUAGAAAAGCUCAACAAGACGAUGGCGGAUGUUCCAGAUUCAGAAUGCGAGCAGCAGGAAUCACUAGGGCGCAGACAACUGCCUAUCAGCGCCGGCACUGCGGAUCCAGAAGCGCAACGAAUUGCCAUACAGCAAAAUGUUGAUCUGCUGAAAAAGAAGCCGGAUCAUUAUGACAGAGUCUUUCAAUACCUCGAGGCCGAGUUGUUCGGCCGACGCAGCCGUCAGAAGAAGCGAGAUCUAACAGAGAAGCAAUAUCAUCUCAUAGCACGACUCAGGGACAAUGCCGACGACUUUGUACUUCUAUACGACGAGCGCAACGAAGAAGAAGAAGAAGAAGAAGUGGAAGAUGACUCAUACUUUAUCGAGGAAGAGGAUCGGUUAUUGCGUGAAAGAGAUGAGUUGAUUGUGAAGAUACGAGAGCAGCUUGCCAUGCCAAUAAACGCACCAGAUGACGUCGAACCCUCACAUUCGCCUGUCUCAGAAAAGCCCGAGUUACCCGAGGUACCACAGAAGAUCGAGUACGUGACGGAAAGCAACGAGCCAGAGCCGCCUGUCAUACCGGUAAAGCUUAUAAGCUCAGAACAUAACAUGAACACGCAUAAAGGGGUGAUUGACACAUUUGGAGAGAUUACCGGCUCCAAUGAUGAAAUCUCCAGGACAUAUCUCAUCAGGGCCGGCUGGGAUAUAGACGUUGCUCUAUCAGACUUUUACGAGCCCCAACCGCAGCUAAAGCAACCUACUUUACCUGCUGCCAAGUACUCGGAAGGAGAGCUCGCCAGUCUGGAACAAUUCAUACACAUCACAAAAGCAACUGAUGGAACAGCUGAGAGCUAUCUCAAAUCUGCUGAUUGGUGUUUGGGCCCUGCAGUAUCCAACUACUUUGCGGACGGAGACGCUUUGCGCGAUGCCGUAAAAGCCGCCGACCAGGCUUCUAGCGCAAAGCCUUCGAAGAUCAGUGCUACAAUCAAUGAUAGGCCUGUACAUCACAUAUGUGUUGGCACAAACGAUACGCAAAAGAGACUGGCCAUCAGCUCGCGCGACCCCGCCAAGGCUCUGACCGCGCAAGUGGCAGUGAGGAACAAGAGGAUACAAAAGAUCAAAUCGGAAAUGGACGCGAAUCAGAGGGCCAUGCAUGAGCUUGCCAUUGGCACAACCUGCGAAGAACCCAUCGCAAUCAACCAGAAAAGCCAGAAAAUCUGUCAUCCACCACGUGUAGCAGGUCCCCCUGCCACCGGCGAACGAACAUCUCGAUUCGAACGGGUCUUCGAAAACAAAAAACGAGAAGUUGCUCCGUCUCCUCCGCAAAAAGGCCUCUCCCAUGCCGGUCUCCCGCUUUCGCUCGACGAAUCAGGCAACGUGAUUCCGCCGACGGAGCCCAUCGGGACACCCUACCAGCAGUACCUCGCGAUGCGGCGACGGCUGCAAAUCCAGCACUACGGACACGAAGCCAUUGACUCGAACGGCGAUCCGCUCCGCGGCGUCCCUACGCGGGAACGCUGCGAGCCGCCCAUUGUACAAGAAGGAAGCAGUAGUUCCGACGACAGCACUAACGACCAGGACGGGGAGUCCACGCCCCCGGCCUCACCGUCUCCACCGCAGUCGCCACCGCAGCCAGAAACGGAAAACCUACCCAAACUCACCAUCAAGCUCAAGUUCAGCCUCGGCGUGAUUGAAGAGAAAAAAAAGCCAAAAGAACAUGCUGUUGUGGAAGAGAUAGCAAGAAUCACGGAGAUCGUGGACGAUGUAGCGGCCGCACAGGAACACCGAAAGGCGUUGUUUGUGUCCAACGAAGAAGAUGCGUGGGAUGGCUAUGAUAGCGAUGACCAAAAGGUAGAUUGUGGGUCUGAUUUUGAUGCCGAGGGCGAGAGCGAUGGCGACGAAGAAAUGGUAUUUCCCAUGGAUGAAGGAACAAAGGUUUAG